AUGGAUAAACAAGAUUUUAAUGAUGAUUCUUUAAAAAAAUCAUCAGGUUCAUUUUUAUUACAAGAAAAUAAUGAUUUUGUUCAUGAUAAGUUAGAAUUUAAAUAUAUAACUAAACAAAAUGGUAUUAUAGAUUUUAAUAAUUUAUCAUUUAGCGAUGAAGGUUUAAAAAUGGAUGAUUCUUCUUCAGAUAAUAGCAAUAAAUUUU